CAAAGGCAUGCGAGUCAUAAGAAUGUUGUAGAAGGAUAUGUUUAUCCCAGAGUUCAAAUCAGAACAUGCUCUUGUUUUCUAUACUUGGCAAAAGCACUGCCUUUUCCCUCUCUUUUUCUUCUCUCACGAACAUCACAUCACAUACGAAGCAUAUUUUCUCUCUCCUCUCUCAUCUUUUUCUCUCUCUUCCGGCACUCCACAAUUUAUCUCCCUCGUUCGCUUCCUGUGCCCUAACACGCUCUAGUUAUAACUCUUCUUCUCUGCACAGAGGAGCGCGAAGCAGAGAAGGCGAAGGAAAGCCAGAGAAUACCCGGGGGAUUGUUGGCGUCUGAGAUCUGAGAUGGAGCCAUUAGCGCUGAUAAGCGCCGGGCAGGCUGCUGGAGCAAACGGCGGCGCGGGGAACGGAUCUCAGACCGUAAGCACGCCGUGCGCGGGAUGCAAAUUUCUCCGGCGCAAAUGCCAGCCGGACUGCGUCUUCGCGCCCUACUUUCCUCCCGACGAGCCGCAGAAAUUCGCGAACGUCCACCGCGUGUUCGGCGCGAGCAACGUGGCGAAGAUCCUGAACGAACUGCAGCCGUUUCAGCGGGAGGAUGCGGUGAACUCGCUGGCGUAUGAGGCGGAUAUGAGGCUUAGAGAUCCGGUGUACGGAUGCGUGGGCAUUAUUUCUGUUCUGCAGCACCAAUUGAGGCAGCUGCAAUUAGAUUUAUCGCGGGCGAGAACAGAGCUUUGUAGGUAUCAGCAGUUGUUGGUGCCUGUGGGACAAACUCAGCAGCAGCAGCAGCAGCAGCAGAGGUUGGGGGGGAUGAGAGGAUACGGGGCGGGGAUGGAGGUGGGGGGUUAUGAUGUGGGAAUGAUGACGGCGGCUGCGGCGGCUGCGUUUGGAGGGCAUUUUGGAAGGUUUUCUGGCGCAGCAGGGGUGGAUGAUCGGCAGAGCACACUUGGCAGUUCCUCAUAGAGGUUCGAGAGCCAAGAGAUGCAUGCUUUCUCAAAAUAACGAGUUCAAAGAGUAGAUAGAAGCUUGGACUUUUCCUUCUAUGGAAUCCAUUUGUCAGAGAUAGAAUUUUAAUCCUUUUCCUGUUCUUGCUACCUAUCAAAACUUUUAAUUUCAGCAUUGAUUUUAGUCUUUAUUUUCUCCACCUAAAA